CAAGAUAUUUGGACCUUGUCCACAAUCAAUGCAGUUUAUGCCCUAGCACAAGGUGUGCAUAGAACACUUCAGACAAAGUGUGGCGCCACCUAUACCAGUGUUUGUGCCGAGUUUAUGUAUGACGGCAACAUCCACAAUACCAUCAUGAGCAACAUGGACGCGGAGAACUUCACAGACAUCACUACCAGUUUCUUCCAGUUUAUUCAAAGGGAGGCCAACACCAAGUACCAGCUCAAACGCUUUGAAAGUUCCACCUCAGGAUCCCUGGACACAGUGGGUCAUCUGACUCUGCAAAAUGUGGCCACUACCGUAGGUCGCUAUAAACCAGUGAUGUCAGAAUGCACCGGGGAUUGCCUGGUCUGCAGCACUCAGAUUUCAAAUUUUCAAGACUUCAAUCUUGUGCCGGGAGAUUUUUACAUCAUAGGCUUGUUUGACAUCCACAAACAAGGAACAACACCUUUCACUUGUGGAGCUGUCAAUGAAAAGCAUGGUCUUCUCCUUCAGGAAGCCUUCAACUACGCUCUGGAGCUUGUCAACUCAAAAGUUGGAAUUUUCCAGAAUGUGCUACGAGGAGUGGUGCUUGGUGGUAUUUCCUUUGACAUCUGCCAGUCCCCUAGCAGAGCUGCAGAAAUUGUAGCUAAUAUACACAGUGGCAACAUACAGAUUGCCAAAGAUGGUGUCGUGGUGUCUACUCGAAGGAUCGACGCUUACGUUGCCACCAUGGACACUGAGUCCUCGAUUCGUGUAGCAGACAUUCUCACCCAGCUGGAUAUACCUCAGGUUAGCUACGGUGCCAAAGGCAUGGAUUUACUGAACAGAAAGAAGUACUCCUACUUUCUGCGGUCUGUUCCAGCGGAUGACAAGCAAGCACGGGCCAUGGUCUCCUACCUGAAAAAGUUCAACUAUAACAACAUCCAGGUGAUCAGUUCCUUUGACGAAGUUGGAGAGCCCGGCAUGAUGGAGUUCAAGAGGCUGGCCUACAUCAACAAGAUCUGUAUCACGAAGCAGUUCACGGUCGGGGAAAAUGGCAGUGUGGCAGCGGACGCACCAGCUGUGAUCCCCUUAGUUCAACAGAAUCUUCAAGCGGCAGUAAGUGGUUUGUUAGUUGUUGUCCUCUGGCUGAAAGAUCCGCUGCCAAUCCUAGAGGUUGUUGACAAGAACAUUGUUGUCAGGACAAAUAUGCUGUUUAUUGCCACCGAUGCCUGGGGAGCAGAUCCCGUCUAUUUGACUCUGCCCAGCAUCAGAAACUUGCUGAGCCAGAAACGUCUGGUUAUACUUGAUGUGGAGACUGCUGAUGUUCCAGGUUUUGAUGAAUAUUUGGAAAACAAGACCCCAGAUAACUACAAAACCAACCCUUGGUUUAAGGAAUACUUUGAAACUUUCCUCAACUGCUACACGGACACAGCAACUGGCUCAGUCUCGCAGAAGUGUGACCCUAGCGCGACCAUUCCCCGAGCUGACAACUACAAGCAGGAUUACUAUGUUCUCUAUGUAAUGAAUGCAGUUUUCUCCAUAGCUUUUGGGAUAAAUGAUGCCAUCAGAACCCUGUGUACUAACGUGCCAGGACAGACAGUUUAUGGGGCUUGUAACUUGUAUGUCACAAGUGGAGAGAAGAGACAAAAGAUUAUGCAAGGUCUCUUGAAGGUCAACUUCACUGACAACACCUACCAGCCAUUCUAUUUCACCGAAGAUGGCCAGAGUUCCCGAGGGUUCCAUGUCUACAACGUCACAGAGCCAAAGCCUUCAACCUUUGAGUACCAAAAUGUUGGAUCUUACAAUGAUACUCAUUUCCUGAAGCUAGACAUCACGUAUGAUACAAGCGUCACAGCUCACUGCGAUGUGAAACCAGGGGGCUGUGUCUGUGAGUUCAAAGAUGAUUUACCGUCACGUUACAUGAAGAAACCUGAUGGGGACAAGGGUCUCAGUGUGGUCUACAUUGGAGAUAUUCAUCAGGCCAGUCCAACCAACCCACUCGGCUGUGGACCCAUUAACACAGCAGAUCUGCAUAAGCUGCUGGCUUUCUUCUACGCCAUCGAGCAGGUCAACAACAACAGGAUCUUCCCAAGCUCUCUCAAGCUGGAUGGCUUAGCUCUGGACAGCUGUACAAACGGCCUUCGCUUGGGUCAGGAUAUGUACAAUGUGCUCAGUGGGAACGUCCUGUGUAACUCAAAUAACGAUGGACUGUUGGUAUCCCCAUCAACCAUCACAGCCGUUGUUGUCGACAAAGAUGAGAAUGCUCAGCCAGUUGUCAGUAUGCUGUCUCGGCAGAGUAAGGACUCAUUAUUUGUUGUUCUUUGCAUGUUGUGUCUUAUGUCCUCAUGGGAUUACCUCAGUGUUGUGUACACAGACACGCUUGGAUACAGCAGUAUGUCCGACUCCCUACUUGACAGGUUAGUCGGUGCCAGGGCUGUGGUCUUGUUUGUCAACCCCGAUCAAAUCAAACUGCUGCUGCAGGCCAGCCAGUCCCUGGGCCUGACUGGUCGCUUUGUGUGGCUGAUGGCCUCAGAUUGGGACCCAGAUACCAACAAAUUUGUAGGGCUUGAGCAAGAGCUGGCAGGAGCAAUAAUAGUGAAUGUCCGAUCGGCAGUUUUGGCCAACUUCAGGGAAUACGUUAGAAGGUUGACCUAUAGAAACAGGGGAGGAAUUCCCGAUGACUGGUUUGAUGACAUUUUUGAAACACUUCACCAGUGCAACAUCCUGAAUCUAGAGCGGCCAUCUUCAUACCGAUAUUCAAGAACCUGCACUCUUGAUGAAGUUAUCACCGACGACAUGAUCAGGCAGGACCCUGAUGUUUUGUAUGUGAUUCUCAGUGUCUAUUCUAUCGCUUUUGGGCUGAACAAUAUCCCGGAAUGUAUGGGCGCCAGCUUGGACUUGUCGGCCUGCCUGCAGCUGCAGCCACAGAGAUAUGACAAGAUUUACAAGGGGAUCGCCACUGCUAAUGAUCCUGAACUUCUGGGCAAUGCUACAUUCACAUUUGAUGACAGUGGCAAUGGCAUUGUUGAUUACAACAUUUGGAACUACCAUAUCAGCACUGAAGCUCCCUACUCACUGUUCAAGAUUGGCGAUUACAGUAAUGGGAUGCUGAACUUCAAGAAUGAGCUGUACGCAGGAAGUAACCUCUACGACAGAAAGAUUCCAUCGUCCGGUUGUGCUGUUGGAUCCACCUGCAAGUUGAAUGGUAAAAUAUCUCUGCAUUCUACACAGGUUGGAGGUAUCUACAAGGACCCAGUCACCGGGGAGGUGGUCAGAGUGGAAGCAAUCCCCAGUGCUGGAGACCGCUUCGAUGAAGGAUGGGCAAUUGUUCUCUCCGUCUUGGCAUGCCUUGGUGGGGUCAUCUCCCUUGGCAUCUUUGUCUACCUCCUGAUCAUGUACCCAGUCCGUGGUGGAACCACCAUUUUGGGCUUCAUCCUUUCGUUUGGCAUCAUCCUCUUGUACUUGAUGGCAUUCCCGUUCAUAGCUCAUGCAGAUGUGCGCAUGUGCGGGCUUCGCCGGUUUGGUCUGGGAUUCCUGAUAGAUUGCUGGAGAGUCCGAGCCAAGAAUGACCCCUACAACAUCAAGUAUAGCAAACUGGGCACUCCUGUUGGCUUCUUCCUUGUCACAGUCUUCUUUGUUCUUGUUCAGGUGAUGAUCAACGCUGAGUGGUUGAUUCUGAGAGAGCCUGGUAUUACCCGCAUCUUCUACAAGAAUCAGUUCUGGCCUCGGUGCACACCUGAUGAUUUCUACGACGAAAGUCUGGUGCUGUCUCUUGUGUAUAUUAUGGUGAUUAUCUUGGUUUCACUGCUGCUCGGACUGGCGACCUACAGAACAGUGAAAAACCACCGGGAAUCUCGCUGGAUCCUCGGGAUUCUGAUUGUCAGCGUUAUCUGCUGGGUGGUCUGGUGCACCGCAUCGAUUCUUGGUGCCAUCAAGAUGCGCGACGCUGCUGUAGUGGUGGGCUUGCUGGUGAAUGCAACCGUCAUGCUUCUGAUGAUGCCCAUCCGCAAACUGUACCUUCUCUACAAGUAUAACAUCACUGAGGACGAUGUCGAGGAGGAAGACAAGCAGAGUACAAUAGCUCUGAGCCAGAAAGGUGCCGACAAUUCUGUAUAUGGAAGACAGUAUGAUAAUAAUCCCAAAAUGCAGGAUAUGGGAUCCACUCGUGGCUCAUCAAAUCUUUACAACAGCCCUCAGGAAAGUGAGUAA